UAAGGGUAACGACAUCACUAAGCAACAGCCUCGUUGUCUUCAACAACCGGGAUACGGACUUUGCAAAAAUGAAGGAAAUUUUCACUCAGGAUGACUUUGACGACCUGUUGAAGAGCGCCGGGCAAAAGCUAGUCAUCAUUGACUUCUGGGCCACGUGGUGUGGACCAUGUAAAGUUAUUGGACCUGUUUUCAAGAAAUUAGCCAGCGAUCCAGAAUAUGAGCCGGACGUGGUCUUUGCUUCUGUAGACGUGGAUGAAGCCAAUGAGCUCGCUGAAGAAAUAGGGAUUGAGUGCAUGCCUACCAUUAUGUUCUUCAAGGAUGGAGAAAAGGUGGAUGAAAUGGCUGGAGCCAACAAAGCCAAACUCGUGGAAAAGAUAGAGGAACUCCGAAAGAAAUGAUAUACUGUACAAAGAAGGUUUUAAGGAAGUCCCAACCUUGAUGUGCUAGUUGAACUAAAAAUACCCAUAGUAUAUUGACCUCGAUUGUCCCCUCAGUUACAUGUAUAAACCCGGAUGUCGAUAUCGUACAUAAGAGUAUUUGAGACCACGGUGUCUGGUAACUUCAUGUCAAAAUAGCAGUGUAUUGUAAAACUAAUGUUGGUACCAUUUUUUUCUUAAAAUACUCAAUACAUAUUGAAAAUGUUUUUAAAAAAACCCCAGAAAGAAUAAAUUUAAACCAACUCCUUAUGUUUCAUCAACAAUUUUUCAUAUAUGAAAUCUCCCUCAUAAAAGCAUGUGGAUGGUGGGCUUGAGGAGAUGGUUGGUUUUAGUUGUAUAGUUUAAAAAUUCGUUUAGGGAAUAACAAUUUUCUCAUUUGUUAUUUUCGGUUAUUAGUGCGAUUUAACGGUCGGGAAUUGAGUUUUACCGAUAACGCAUUAGCGAUAUAGUUCUGGGGUACAAGUCUAAAAUAUAUACAGGAAAACAAAAGGUAUGAGACAAAAACACUUAGCUUUUUGAAUUCAUUAUUCAAGAACAAAUGUUGUGUCUACAUAGGCUAUAUAUAAUUAGAAAACAAUAUUGUAACCUUUGUUUCAAAGUUGGGAAAUAAAUAGGGUUGAACUUA